AUGGCGGGGCACGGCCAUCACAAGGGCCUGCAUCUAGGGGAGCUCAUCAACGAGCUCAUCUCCUCCCUGGCGCCCUUCUCCGGCCUGAUCUUGACCGUCACCUGCUGCAUCAUCGCCCUUAUCCGACUUUACGUCCUCGACCCUUUCAUUCCCAAGAUUUAUCCACGCAGGGUCCUCCGCAACGUCACAAGCGCCCAACUGCGCAGCUUCACCAAUCAUCAUGUCGCAGCAGCCACCAAAAUUCUGCUAGUCGUUCUCUGCGCUUAUCCUCUCCUCGCCAUUCUUUGUGGCAAGGCGACGCCUCAUACUCCCUAUGCCAAGGGCUCUCCCGUCACCCUUGGUGACAUGAUGAUUGUCUCUUCCCAAAUUUUCUGUGGCAUGUACAUCUUCGAGCUCUUCUUCCGCGAAAAGGUCUCCCUCAUCAGUUGCGCACACCACAUUGGUGCUAUUACAAUUGCUCAGGCUGCAAUCGCAAUGACUAUCAAUUUUGGUCACGAAAGAGACGCAGUGUACGAGUUCAUCCUAUGCUUCAUCUGGGGUGCAUUCGAUGUUAUUGCCGAGCUUUGGCCUCACUUGGCCAUGAUCGUUUAUCGAACUCAUAACGAUAACCAUGCGCUACUCUCCAGGAUUUUCUACGCAACGGCGAUUCUCGAGGUGGUAGGAACUACUACCGAGACCGCCAUCAUCAUGUUCCUUUUUGGCUCGCUUUGGGACAAGUGGUCUCUGUCCCUCAAGAUCACGACGCCCUUUCUACACACGCUAUUCUCGGCGGCGCAACUUUGGGGAGCCUGGAUCUUUUACAAACUGGCCAAGGAUCAACAAAGGAAAUUAAAGGAGAGCGAGGAGAAGCGUCCAUCUUCGGGUGAUACCGCACCCCAAACUGUAUAA